UUCGACGAUGCUAACAUCUAAUUAUAAAUUUUGCAUGAAAAUGUCUAAUGCAGGUAAAAUACCGCAGUGCGAUGCACGCUUAAACUUACGCGCGUAUAUUUACGUGUAGAACAGUCACCCGGUUAAUUCAAUUAUCCUUUCCUAGGCUGUUAUGAAAUCACGCAUAAGUUGACAAGUAUAUGCCGUGUGUUUUAUAAUUUAUAUGUAUAAAUUAGCUCUUGAAUUCAAGUUCGACAGGUCAUAACGUGGGUGAAGAUAUAAGUCAUUGAAUUAAAUGCACUAUGGCAGUUCAAAAUAAAGUUUUAUAUGCGUUUAGAGGCUGGAUAGCCUUCGUAGCUUUCAUGGAUCUCGGUACGGCCGGACGUUCGUAUAUUGAAAGAAGAUCGUUUUUAAGCAAUAACGGUGACAAUGAACAUCUAGACGGAGACUUCACAAUAUCCCGAAUGCUUGGAAUGUAUUCGGUCCUGAAGGCGCUUGCUUUGAUACAUUGUACACUAUACAUACACUACAGACCUGUGGUAUCAAUGGGCUAUUGGUCGUUGUUUUUGACUAUCAUAUUGUAUUUCACGGAGGCCUUCUACUUUCACUCGACUAAUCUCAAUUUUUAUGUGGUUUUUCCUUGCAUAUUAAAUAUAAUAACGCUAUUAGGUUUAAUAUAUCUACCAUCGAAACUGAAACUGUGGGGUACGAUACCCGGAACCUCGGGUAUGGAUCGGGACGUGGACGAUGAGAACACUCAAAUAUUACGACAGAUGGGCAACUUUAGGAGGAGGAAACCCGGCAACCCCAUCAAAAACAAACACGUCUGAUAAGUGUCGACACAUUAUGAAUAUGGCUGUGUUUUUUCCUGCACUUGAUGAAAUAGGGGCCUUAUAAAUUAACGUUGUUUUUUUUUAAAUGAUUAAAUACACAGAAUAUAAACGGAAAUAGUGAAAUAUUACUUUUUUUUUUAUUUCAUUGAAACCAGUUUGAUGUAUUUUUUUUAAGAGUAUUCUUGCAUAGAACAUACUAUUUUGUGUAUUAAAUCAAUAAAAUUGUAGUUUAUAUCUGGUUGUCAUAUGUGUCGCCGUCGUAGCCAGGGUCUGCUAAGGGCAUAAUCUUCAUUUUCAGACUGUAGGACUCUUGAGCAUAGGCACACACAAUUAAAACAUUAUGGUUGCAAAUUUGUUGUAUUGGUACGAAGUCCUACAUAAAAAUGAGAAACGAAAAGAGCCCGUAUUGUUGCGCUUAAAUUAAUUUCUAAUCAAAGACACGACAUCCCUGCCAAAAAUCGAACUGAAACGUAAAAAAAAAAAAUAUGUCAUUCGGCGUGAUAUAAAAAUUCUGACGAUAUCCCACACAUCCAAAUCUGUUGAGAUAUUUAAAGUUAUAUUGGAAUAAGGUAACUCACACAUGUAUACAUCGACCUUGAAAAUAUUACACAAAUCGCUAGGCAGUCGCGUUAAACGAAUAGGUCUUCAAACCUUAAUGUUGUCUUAGAUUUUCGCGAUUAUUACACAUUGAAAUAAAACUAGUUUUUAACGGAUUUAAUCGCGUAUAUUAAUUAUUUUAACAUCCCGACGUUUCGAGCGCUCAGGACCCUGCCUGCGACGCUGAUUUCUAUUAUAAUAAUGUACUUAAACAUUUUAACCAUAAGUAAGAAAUAUUUGAAUCGGUUUGAUACUUCAGAAUUUUACAGUUUUAAUUGUUUUAAAUACGACAUGAAAAUAAAUAAUUUUAACUAUAAAAAUUAAUAUAUAUGGCAAAUUAUUUGCAAACGCUGGCAACACAGUUUUGUUUCCGUCACUUUUGAUAUUGAAUUAUAGAGGAAAGAUUUGUUCGUUAACGGCCGUUACCAGCAUUGCUGCACUAUCGAUAGUUUAGGUUAAAAGUAAUGGUUUUUGCAAUACUAUCGAUAGUAUUGCUAACACCUUAACUAUCGAUACUCUAUCGAUAUGCAACUCUUGUCGUUAUGCAUAACGAGCAAUCAAAGUAACGCCUGUUCCUGGCGUUCGAUUUUUGAAUCUAAUAACUGGACUUGAAUUGAAGUUUGGACACACUAUGGAAAUUUAUGCUUAUGCUUGCAAAAAUAAUAGCCCAAUGUGUCACGACAAAUUGAUUGUUUAAUUACGACUUUUAAUAAUAAUAGUUCAUUGUUGUCGUUUACAAUGUUAUACGCGAUUUAAGUCCGCUUGAAACUGACUAUUUCAACCGUCACACGAAAUGCUUAAAAGAAUUAUAGUCAAGGAGUCGACUUCGUUUUAGAGGUCUGUUAAAGAAAUUGUAAAAUAUAUAAAUUUAUGCUUAAAAGUAUUAGAGUGUGUAAAGUUUGUUGCAAAUCGACCAAUCCAAGUAAAAAUGUUUGCCAAAUAUCUUAGUGACGUAGCAAGUUAAUAGUAAUAAAUGCAAUGCUUAGAGACCAUUUCACGAAACGAGCUCCCAAAGGGAAUUGUCCUCGUGCGCUCAUUGAUUAAAACGCUUCAAGAUUAUCUUAUAUGGUGGAUUUUUAUCGCUCGCUAACGGCGCGUUUAGACCAAUGAGAUUCGAGUAUAUUGUUCCCUAGGAGUUCGAUUCGUGGAAUAGGCUGUAGUUGGUUUAGAGUAGCGUAGAUUCUGAGCUCAUUUGUGAGACGCUAGAUUUCUUUUGACGUUCGAUUAGAUGGAUUUAGGGUUCGUGCAAUAAUCGCCAUUAUGUAAUUAUAGAUUAGCUUUAAGUAAAAUUAGAUACGCAUAACGAAAAUUUCGUUUUCGUAUUUUUCAAUGAUUUAUCACAAGUGUUUUGUUUUUAUCAAUUCGGUUUUUUUUUUUUUCAAAUGUUGUGUUUUCUAUAUAUUAUCAAUUUCGUUCACACAUUAAUUCGUGAUGUACGAAAUCAAAUAUUGUUUAAAGUAAAAUUGGCAGCCAUAACUGUCCCACCAGUGGGCUUAGAGCUUAUACCACCAAGCAGUCCAAUGCGGUUGAAUAUAUCAUUCGAAGUAAAUUACUACUAAUUUAAUACAAGUCCAUUAAAUACCGCGAAUAUUGCUUAAACUUGUUUUUUUUUUUGUAGUUCAAUGUGAUGUUUUUUUGUUUUUAUAUAUUUUUUACGUAUCUUAUUUCUUAUAAUGUUUUAUUAAAUGUUUAAACCUAUUCAUCAAUUGCGUUAUAACAUACAUAUAAAAUAUCACAUAAAUAUCUUAAGUAACGAAGUGCUUUGUAGGCAACGAAUGCUUUAAUAACAAAUGUUUCCUAUGUAUAAUAAAAAUAUGCUUUUUGACACUGCUAUUAAUAAUAAAACUUUACAGUGCUUCGAAUUGAUGACGUUCAGCUAUACUUAUACCUCUAGACGCGUUCUCAAAUGAUAAAUAAACGAUGGCUUAAAUACGAGUUUUAAAGCCUCAUAGAUUUCAUAAUAGAUCAUUAUAAAUGAAGAGGUACUCUUAUAUAAGAGAUCAUUUGUGUAUCGCAAGCGUGUCUAGAGCUUAAACUUCAUUGACUUUCAGACCAGAGUUUAAUGUGCUAUUAAUUAGUACUCACGGUGUCGUAAAGGCUUGACAUCAAUCUUUAAGUGGAUCGCAGUAAUUAGUAUUGGAAUUAGGCUUAUAAUUAAACUUCUAAUGUUAGAUUUAAUGAUUUAUUUAAAAGGCACACGUGUAAUGUGUAAGCCUGUAAAUUUCCCACUGCUGGGCUAAGGCCUCUUCUUAAUUGAGGGGAAGUUUUGUAGCUAAUUCGACCACUCUGUUCCAUUUGGGCUAGUAUACACAAGGGGGCAAAUUUUCGUUGAAAUUAGACACAUGCAGGUAUCCUCACGAUGUUUUCUUCACCGAGCACGAAAUGUAUUAUAAACACAAAUUAAGCUCAUGAAAAUUCAGUGAUGCUUGUCGAUUUUGGAACUGGCAAUCAUCGGUUAAGAUGUACGCGUUCUAACCAAUGGCCCAUUUCGGUAUUUAAAAGGUACAUCAACAUCAAAUAAAUAUUUAAAUCUCUUGUGAUUGCGUCGUAGUAAACUAAUGAAACAAUAGUUCUCCAUCUCGUUCUAUUGAUAGCGUUUCACUCUACAUUGUUCCGAUGUUUUAAAUAGCAAUGCCUGUAACAGAUUAUGUAAAUAUUUAUGGCUGAAUUAAGUACGCAGCGAAAGUUCCAAAAAGUUUUUUAUUAAAACUACAGUUUAAAUUUGUAACUAAAAUUACAAGCUGCCUGAUCAAUGUGAGAUACAAGAGUGUCAAAUUAAAAUACAAUACUUAAUUUAAAUUCACACAGAAUUACCCAAACUUAGUGUCGUCAAAUUAAUUGAUAAUUUCACUGAACACAUUUCAUCGCUUGAAUCACGCCACCGCACAUUACUUAAUCAACGGAUCCCACGACGCGUGGCAAUGUAACAGAUGUAGCAAAACUGGAUAUAUCCAGUUAUUAAAUUUACUGUAAAAACAUUUUUUAGAACCAAGCGUAGUUAGCAUGCUAUUGAUCGUUGAGGGGUUCCUUGGUCUGGCCAAUCGUGGAUGUAAAAUGAUACUAAUACUAAUUCCGCUUCCAAAAGUUGACCUUAUCGAACGAACUUUGGUAGUUAAAUCAAAAGUAAUAUUUGAACUUUGGUCUGUUAGUCUCAAAUCGACUUGUCUAAGUAUAUAUAUAAUUAGGAUCUGGUGUAUUAAUCUUGAAAUUAUUUUAACGAAAGGACGUUACAACUUAUCUUUAAUACCAGAUAUAAUAUUUGAUUAAAAAUAAAAAUCCUCACUUUUCUCUAAGAUAUUUUCAAAAGAUUAUCGUUAUUAUGAUGUUGCUUGAUCUAGAUAAAGAAAUAUCAGUAUUUUCCCUUUGAUAAUCUAAGUCGUUUAGGUAUAGUCAAUUAGAUUUUUAGUAGUUUAUUGACACUUAAACUCGUGUGAUUUUAGGCACAAGUUUCCAUAAACUUUCAUCCCACGUAAAAAACGUAUAAGCAAUUCAAAAUGAUCUCGUAUUGUGUAGAGUUGCUGAAUUUUAUACGCACAAUCCCUAAACUGUACUAAUUCUUUUACAAUUGACAGAACUAAAGCUAUCCCUUUCUCAUGUGUGAAGUUAAAAUGAGAUGGCAAAUAUGAGAUCAGUUAAAUUAAUCUGUUUAGGGAUUGUGUGUGAUAAAGCAAUGUUACCAUUAAGCUUCGACACACGUAUCAGAUAACUAACGCUUGACUGACUUGAAAUUCACGAUAAAUAUAUCCAUAUUUUAAAUAUACUCAACGAAAGAACAGUAUUUGAAUAUUUUUUUAAAAAUUUUCACGUAACUUUUUCCCGAUAUAUCUAAUAUUAACAAUUUUAAAUUUCCUCGAAAAUAGAUUUACCUAAAUAGUCAUUCCCUUUAUAAUAUACACAAAUUAAAAGUGGUGCCAAUGAUGUAGUUCGUUGUUGAAUUAUUUUGAAAUAUACACAAUUGCUAGCAAUCUCCAAUUUGACAGGACUAAAAAUAAUGCUAUCUCUUUCUCACACAUGGAGUUCAACAAAGAUAGCGUGUAUUUUAGAUAGUUUUUAACUUAGAGUUUGUCUACCAUACAAUACCGGUAUAUUAUAUUAAAGCAAUAUUCACUUUUUUAUAUUUUAAAUUGUUAGCGUUGAUGGUUUUUGUAGACAUGUUGCUGAUAAUUGAAUACGCGUGUGUGUUAUAAGCCUAAUAUAUUAUGCAUUAUUAUAUAAUUAUAGGUUUUAUUCCAAGAAGUUUGUAUAUUUAAGAAUAACGUUGUUUUUUUAUAUAGAAAAAUGAUAACAAUUCUCAGAGGUAAUAACCGUAAAAACCAACUGUGUAUCUGAAUAUUGACAAAAUUAAUUUAAGUACCUACUAAGAUAUUGAAAAUUAUGAAAACCGUGUUAUAUUAUUCAAUUUAUUAUAAUAUGUUAAAAGAAUAAUUAUGAAUAUGUCAA